UAUUGUCAGUAUUCGUUAAUGUUUAUGCAGAUAGCUAUAUUAAAGUGAAUUCAUAGUGUUCGAAUACUGUAAUGUCUUCAAAAGAGGGAGUUUUGUAUCAGCAGCUAUUCUUGGCCUAUAAAGGCUGUCAUGCUAACUUGCCAGCGCAACUGUGUCAAAAAAAUGCCAACGAUAUUUGGAAAAUGGCUAAAGAAAAACUAAAAAAUAAAGAAAAGUUUAUAGAACAUAUAAAUGAUGUUAUAUGACAGUUGAAAGUGAGACUACGAAGAAGAAAGCAACAAUGCUUAGUUAUUUUACACAGCUAUCCGUGAAAACAUCAAGCACGCCAGCACCACGCCCAGGCACGCUAAGGCCCAAUGUUCCAUCGACUUCACUUGCUCUUCAACAAAAACAGGUGCAUCUGCUUGAUUCGGAUGUUGUAGCUUCAUCCACGUGUUCAUCUCGUGUGGAAUCAAUUGUCGCAGUCACUGGACAUAAAAGCACUGCCGUUAAACGAAAGAUGAGCGAUACCCACGAUGAACAAAGUCAAAAUACUGAUGGGGAAAUUGUGCAGACACCGUCUACGGAACCACUUACGACUUUGAUUGAUUCGGGCUUCACUAAAAAUGUUACAAGCAAGCCGGCUCAAGAUACUCUUAUGAAAAAAAUUAGUCUACUGCAACAGAGAAUAAAUGUUCUUACUGAAGCAAAGGACACUGGAAUAGCCAAAGAUGAUGUUCACGACGAAAUAAAAAAGCUACGCAAAGAGUUGAAAGAAGAAGAAAAAUUUUUAAAGAAAAAAAGAGACUCUGCUAAGCGUGCAAAAAAAUUUCGAGCCAAAGAAAAACUGGAGAAAACUGAACGUCAGAGAAACAAUCCUGCAGCACAACCUCGAACUGGCUGUGGACAGCCCCCUUUAGUUGACUCGCAACCUGCUCUCCUAGAGACAAUAAUUAAUAUUGCCAUUCAUGGGAGCACUUCUGAUGAACGCCGCCGAACAGAGAUGAUUAGGAGUUGUCUCACUCUGUCCGACCUGCAUGAGAGGCUGUUGUUAAUGGGAUUCAAAAUUUCUCGAAGCGGCACAUAUCUUCAUUUACUCCCACGCGUUUCUAACACUCAAGAGGGAAAAAGGCACGUACGUACCGUACCCGUAAAGUUAGCAAGACCACAGACCGAGACGCACAAAAAGCACGAGGACGGAGAAUUUUGCACUGCUACAAUCAGGUCAUUGGAAUCUCUCGCGUCGCUUUUGGGACCGCAGCAAGUAUUCGUUCUCUCACAAGACGAUAAGGCACGUGUACCAAUAGGUUUACCGGCAGUGAAAAGUCAGAGCCCUCUUUUAAUGCAUAUGGAAUACAGAAUACUUUUACCUGAUCAUGACUGGGUCGUGGCAGAGCGGCACAAACUUAUUCCUUCUGUAUAUGCCGGCGUCAACGUGGAACCUAACAAUUUCGGUAAAGAAGAAGCUGUUGGGUACAGCGGGCCGACAUACAUAUCCAUAAGAAGCGGGAAACAUGCAUCCUCCACAGCGAACACCCAUGCUUACGAUUUCGAAUCACUUUUAUCACAACCUUCAUUCAAACCCUUAAUGAUGGCAGAAUCGAACACCGUGAAGCCAGUGAUCAUCAUCUUUGUAGAUGGUGGGCCGGAUGAAAAUCCGCGUUAUCGCAAAGUCAAAAACUUUGCGAUUGAACACUUUAAAAAAUACAACUUGGACGCCCUGUUUAUUAGCGACUAAUGCUCCUGGACGGAGCGCAUAUAACCGAGUUGAGCGUCGCAUGGCUCCCCUCAGCAAAAUACUGGCAGGCGUCAUUCUGCCUCAUGAACAUUUUGGUUCUCAUCUCGACAACAAAGGAAUUACUACGGAUGUUGAUUUGGAAAAACGCAAUUUUCAGCACGCUGGAGAAACACUUGCAGAAGUGUGGAGAGAAAUGAAAAUUGAUAAUUACGACGUUUCGGCGGAGUAUAGACAGCCCGAAGAUAGCAUGCAGGAUCCAGUAGAGCCAAAUUUGGCGUGGUAUAGCGUUCACGUCCGCGAAUCGCAAUAUUUCUUACAGGUUAUAAAUUCGCGGAUGAAUCCUGCUGUUCGCCACCGAGAAGUGCAUUGAAAUCUGUGUUUGCGGAUACUUUCAUGCCGCCACCUUACCCAAUACUUCAAACCCCAAGCAAGCUCGUAGUACCUAGUUUGCUAGACAAAGGAACAUCCAAGUUUUCACCACUUCUUGUGAGGUUGUCCCUUGAUCUGUCACCUCCUCUAGAAGGGUUUAAGCAGAUGCCUUACGACUUCUUUUGUCCAUCUGUACAAUCCGACCUAAAGAAAAAAGUCUGUCCAACCUGUGGGAUCUAUUUCACAUCGCACAAGAGUGUUCAAAUGCACUGUCGUUACGUGCAUGGGAAGACUGUCCAAGACAAUUGUGAAACUAGAGUACGGCCGCAGCGCCUUGCUGCCAGAAGGCCAAAUGAGUUUCUCUGCAUUGUGCAUAGUUAUGAGGAUGCUGACUGGCUCGAUGAAGACGAAGUUGAUGCAAUUGGCUUAACAAUUCCAGAACCGUCCUUGUCUGCACUCCAGAUGCCAGUGAUGAAAGAAUCUGAGUGGCUAGCAAACCCGUGGACAGAGGAGCAGUAAUUUUAAUCGAAUUGUUUUUAAUAGACCUACUUAGAUACUUGGUUCAUAAUUGAUUAUUUUUAAAUUUUGUUAAGAAUAUGAUUUUAUUUCGAGUAUAAGGGGCCAUCCAUAAAUUACGUCACACGAAUUUAAGGACUUUUUAAUCCCCCGUCCUUGUCACAAGUUGUCACAUUUUGAACUAGCCCUCCCCAUUUCGUGACAUCACACAUUUUCCAAUUUUAUGGAUUUAUGAAAAAAUAAAAAAAACAGGUUAUUCUCUUUAUUCUUAUAUUUAUUGAAUAAUCUUUAAUAAAAUCAACAUUUAGUUAAAUGUUAAAGUACAGACACAACGAAUGGCUAGUCAAGAACUAAUAGAUACUUAAUUAUGCUAAUUAAAAAUACAAAACUUAAUCAUUUUGUGUCCAUGGACUUUUGACCCACUCCUUUAUAUCAUUUAUUACUGGUAAAUCAGGCACUUCAUUUUCAUUCUGAAGUUGGCUGUCAGGAACAUCUUUCGUAUCAACAUCGUCUUCUUCCAUCCAUCUCGGUCUAGCCGCAAUUCUUUGAGGACAAAUUUUCGCGAUAGGUAUCAGCUCUUGUUUUUUAUGUGAUUGUUUGUGUUGAUUGGUGGCUUUAUAUGAAGAAAAAUAUAGGCCACAUAUGCUACACAAUCUUUUAAAUAAGUAUGACUCGCCACUAAGGCAAUAACUAUCAUAUGGAACUUGUUUCAGAUGGGAUGAUGCUUGGAGUUUUAAUAAUAUCUGUAGUAAUAAUGGAGCAAACUUAGCGUCGUUGUCAUUACUCCCUGUGACUCCAUAACCUUCUGAUGUCUGUUUAAUUAACACAGGUGGUGGUAAAAAUUCUUCUUUUAAUAAUUUCCAAAGACUAGAACGUCUUACACCGCAACAUGUAAUAGUUUCAAAUUUAACUAUUUGUAAAAAAUAUUGUGACUCGCGUACAUACAUGAUUAGCAUACCAAGUUGCAUUAUUUUUCAACAUCAUAGCCUGUUCAAUAUCCAGUCCAGUAACAGUUGGUGCAACACAUUCAGCAACGAUUGGAAAAUUAUCAAUGACUAACUUGCUCCAAAUGUCAGCCAACACAUUGCCCGCACUUUCGAAGUUUCGUUUUUCUAGAUCUAAGUCAGCAGUUCGAUUACUUGAAUCAAGAUGUGACCCAAAAUCAUCACGAUUUAAUAGUACACCAGUAAGUUUGCAACUGAGAGGUGCCAUGCGUCUUUUUUUGAAAUGUUGUAAAGCUGAAACUUUAACGCGGGAGACAAUUUUGUAAGUUUGAUUAAAGUUAUAAUAUAAAAUAAAGUACGAUUCGCAGAAGAGUCCCAAUGUUAAUACCAAAGCUUCGUUACAACUUAAGUAUUAAAAAACAAAGAUUGUGUUUAUAAAUGUUUAAUAUUUUUUGUUUACCUAUAAAUUUUACGUUUGUACAUCACAAAUUUUGAAAUGUGAUGUCACAAAGCUUUUGACCCCCCGCUGCCCCUUGUCACACAAUGUCACUUCCGAAUGAUACCCUCCCCCCCUUUAAGGUGUGACGUAAUUUAUGGAUGGCCCCUAAUGUUUAAUUUCAGUUGGGUUUAUUAGUAAAAAAAACAAUAUGAAGGAAUGAAUGAAUGAAAGAGAAACA